AUGUGUUUCAUAGUGAAAUAUAUUCUGUUGAUUGCUAAUUUUAUAUUUACACUAGCAGGUCUAACCUUGAUAGGGCUAGGCAUAGCUGCUCUAGUGAACACGGAUGAACUGUCGCAAGUAGCGACGAUACCUUUGAGGGCUAUACCCAUUUCAAUUAUUGUAUUGGGUGCUGUCAUCUUCUUGAUAUCUUUCUUCGGAUGCUGUGGGUCUAUGAAGGAGAACAGAUGUCUCCUUCUUAUGUACUCGCUGUUCAUGUUGCUGCUGGCUGGUGGAAAGAUAUAUUUGACAGUAUUGCUCUUAAGAAAUGUCAAUAGUGUGAACGAGCUCGUAGAAGAAUGGAUAGGAAAAGCGUUUAACAACAGCGAACUAAGACCGACUUUCCAUGCUAUAGAAACUACAUUCCGUUGUUGUGGCACCACGGGUCCCGACUCUUACACUGGCAUUCUAGCCGCACUGCCACCCUCCUGCUGCCCAGACCCUGACUUACAGCAAACUUGUGAGAGGAACAACGCUUUUGGUGGUUGUUUCACUAUUAUAACCGACUUUUUGGAGAAAUAUGGAGAGGUUUUCGGGGCUGUGCUGUUGACGGUGUUGAUAAUUGAGUUUGUAGCGGCCAUCUUUGCAAUAUUACUAUCAUGUAAUAUUGGUGCUAAGAGACGUAACACUGUAUAA